AUGGCCCGGCAAGGGCGGCAAUGGCACCAUAAAAUUCUUGAAUUUGCAGCAAUUGGCAACAACAAUAUUGCCAAAGAAACCAAGGCUAAAGAUGAGAGGAGGGUUCUUCCAAGAAGUGGACGUAGUUUUGGUGGAUUUGAUUCGGCUAGUAGGGUUAAUGGGGAAGCAAGGAAAGGGGAUUUUAGUAUCUUCAAGCAGAUUUUUAUGCUAGGAUUACUAUUCAUUCUGAAAAAUAAAAACCUCUCUGUUUCAUGGAAGUGUCUAAGUAGUCAAGCCGUCUUAUGGCGUGCACUUGCAGCAAGUCCAGCUACCCAGUUUCCCCACAUAAUACCAUUCAUCAACCUUGCCUUCUGACUCUUAGCUCUUGCGAUCCUAAUUUAUGUUUCUUUCACCUACAUUCUCAAAUGCAUAUUCUACUUUGAAGCUGUCAAGAGAGAGUACUUUCACCCUGUCCGUGUCAACUUUUUCUUUGCUCCAUGGGUUGUGUGCAUGUUCCUGGCCAAUAGUGUACCCCCUCUGCUAGCACCUGAAAAUUUGCAUCCUGCCCUUUGGUGCGCCUUCUUGGGACCUUACUUCUUCCUUGAGCUCAAGAUCUAUGGCUAAUGGCUAUCAGGUGGAAAGAGGCAUCUUUGCAAGGUAGCUAAUCCAUCUUCUCAUCUCUCUGUAGUUGGAAAUUUUGUUAGGGCAAUUUUAGCCUCUAAAGUUGGGUGGAAGGAGGCAGCUAAGUUCUUGUGGGCAGUAGGCUUUGCACAUUACCUUGUGCUGUUCGUCACAUUGUAUCAGAGAUUGCCAACAAGCGAACCAUUGCCUAAGGAGCUCCAUCCCGUGUACUGUAUGUUCAUUGCAGCCCCAUCUCCUGCAAGCAUUGCUUGGGAAACUAUAUAUGGUGAUUUUGAUGAGCCGUCUCGGACGAGUUACUUCAUUUUGAUGGGCUGUCUGGACGUACGAAUAAACUUUUUCACAGGGUUCGGGUUUUCAGUGGCAUGGUGGUCUUAUACCUUCCUGACAACAGCAUCAGUGGCAACAAUUAAGUACGCACAGAAUGUCCCCGGUGUUCUAAGCAAGGGCCUUGCACUUGCACUUUCUUUCAUGUCAUCAACGACGGUGCUGGUAUUGCUUGUAUUCACCCUUCUGCACGCCUUUGUUUGGCACACAUUAUUUCCCAAUGAUGUUGCCAUUGCCAUAACAAAGAGAAGACUUGUCAAGGAAAAGAAACCCUUCGAGGAAGCCUGUGAUACAUGGCGAUGGACAAAGCAGGCUCUGAUCAAGCACAAUUCGGCAAACAAGGAUUUUAGUGGAGAGAAUGAUAUGGGCUUACUUCAAGCACAUUACCUUAACAUAUGUUAACGCCAAAUCUAAUAUAAUUUGUAAAGGCUUUGAUCAUUGUUCAUUAUGUCAUAUGGAUUGUGAACCAAAAAUGAAAGAACUGCAAUUUAGAAA